UCAACAAUACAAAAUUAUAGUUGAAAUUUUAUUAUCUUGUAUUUGGAAUUAAUUCCUUAGGAUUCCCAGGACACUUUAGGCUGCAGCUCUGUAACCCAAUGAAAAUGUAGGUGCAGCUACCCAGUGAAUCAGGACUGUGGGGACAGUCACUUUGAUAAAUCAGUCAGAGGAAAAUAGCCUCUCAGGUGAAAAAUUGAUUCUGGUCUGCAGCAGCCAUGUGCAUGAGAAUAAAUUCACUUCACACAGCCAACCCCUUACAAAAGCAUUUUAUACCAGGAAUAAAGUGUUUAGUCCUUUAAAUUUGAUGAAUAUAGCAAUGAAGAGAUCAUGUUUCCAAAUAGAGCUAAACCCCAUGUAAAAAACAGGAGAAUGUGCCAGACUGUCUUAUGAUCAGGUAUUUAUAGUAAAGCUAUUAAUGGAAUGGUCACUACAGGGGGAGGGGAAAUCCUAAAUAGAAAUGAAAAUCCUGAUGUGCUAAUCUCACAGUGAAAACUCCUGUGCUCUCCUAAAGGAUAACAGAAGGUAAAAGUGUCUUGCUGGAAAAAUAUUGUCAAUUGAUUCUGACUUGAAACCUGUCAGCAUCUCACAUGGAUAAUUACGCCAGUGACGAAGACACAGACGAGGACUUUGAUACUCAGCUCAUCAUCCAGCAGAGUUUACAGGACACUCACAAGCCAGGAACUAUACAGCAUGGGCCUGAGGACGACAGUUCCCAUUCCUUUGUGAGCACCGACUAUAAGAAGAUAAUUGAAACAAUAGAGACAGGUAAGGAAGAUGCAUUGGCACGCUUGACCAAGUACUAUUCUGCUUUUGAUGAAGCAGAUGGGAGAGGCUGGCUUCCUCUGCAUAAGGCUGCGGUGCAAUUAAAUAAGAACAUUUUGGAAAUAACCCUCAAAGCUUCAAAACCCAGUGUGUGGGAGCAAACCACCCACAAGGGGGAAACGCCACUGUUUUUGGCUGUCAGCAGUUGCCUCUUAGAAAAUGCCAGUUUUCUUCUUGUCAAUGGCUGCAAUCCGAAUGCCAAGAAUUCUGAAGGCAACUCUCCUCUUCUUACAGCUGUUCUACAUGACUCCUACGAAAUGGCCGCCUUGCUGCUCAGUCACGGGGCAGAUGCUAAUCUGCGGGGUACCAACGAGAGGACGGCUCUCCAUGAAGCGGCCAAACUGGGCAGGCAGGACAUAGUGAAGCUGCUGCUGGUUUCCGGGGCACACCCUGAUCCACGGAGCUCCUACGGAUUCACGCCUCUUGCUCUUGCUGCCCAAAGUGGAUACACUGAAAUCAUGGAAAUGUUACUGCAGAAAGGAGCUAAUGCUCUGGGUCAGGCCUCUGACUCUUCUUCCAUCUUACUCGAAGCCGCGAGUGGAGGAAAUCCAGAUUCUGUGACUCUCUUGCUAGAGCAUGGAGCUGAUGCCAACAUCCCUAAGAAUUCAGGCCACCUUCCCAUUCAUGUGGCAGCUGACAGAGGCCACUUGUUAGCCCUGAAGACUUUGGUUCCAGUUACGGAUUUUGUUGCCAUUAAGCAGAGUGGCAUCAGUCCGGUCCACUGUGCAGCAGCAGGGGCACACCCCCAGUGCCUGGAACUCCUCAUCCAGGCUGGAUUUGAUGUAAAUUUCAUGCUAGAUCAGAGAAUUCGCAAACACUAUGAUGACCAUAGGAAGUCAGCUUUGUAUUUUGCUGUAUCAAAUGGUGACCUCUCUUCAGUUAAGCUGCUUCUGAGUGCUGGAGCUCUGCCUAAUCAAGACCCAGUUAACUGCCUUCAGAUAGCCCUAAGGAUGGGCAACUAUGAGCUGAUAAGUCUGCUGCUACGGCAUGGGGCCAACGUCAAUUACUUCUGCAGAGUCAACCCUUUACACUUCCCAUCAGCACUGCAGUACACACUGAAAGAUGAGGUCAUGCUCAGGAUGCUGUUGAAUUAUGGGUAUGACACAGAGCGAUGCUUUGAUUGUCCCCAUGGAAACAAAGUUCAUCCUUGCUAUACUUUUGAAGGCUGGACAUCUACAGUUAUCAAAGACACUAUGUUCUGUGAAGUAAUAACUUUGUCAUGGCUGCAACAUCUCUCUGGGAAGGUUGUUCGAGUGAUGCUUGAUUAUGUUGAUCAAGUUCGAAUCUGUUCAAAGUUGAAAGCUGUGCUCCAAAAACAGGGGCUCUGGUCAGAAAUCCAUUUUAUAUUAACCAACCCUCGAUCCCUCAAACACUUGUGCCGCCUGAAGAUCCGGAAGUGUAUGGGGCGGUUACGUUUGCGCUGCCCUGUCUUCAUGUCAUUUCUUCCUUUACCAAACCGUCUAAAAGCAUAUGUCCUUUACAAAGAAUAUGACCUUUAUGGACAAGGAAUUUUCACAGGAACCUGGUAACCAAACUGCCUGGAUGAAAAGGUGGGAGACCACACUUACUUUAAACAAUCACAAGUGACUAGUAAGUGUGAUUCUGUCAUACGGAAGAUGUUAUGGAUGGCCCGAGCAGCUAAAAUUUGCCGCAUUGUUUCAUAAACAACAUCUGGAUUGUCAUCUGAUUUCACCUCCAUAGAACCAAGGAAUCGGACAAUAAAUAACUGAUGAAGAAUAGAAUCUACAAAAGAAAAUACAUUAUAUAUUUCUAAAUCCCAUAUAUCUCUUCCUAAAGAAUAAAACACAUUGUCACCUUUUAGAUUUUAUAGUAAAGAAUUCAACCUAGUAGAAAUAUCUACAAGUUACUCCUAACUACAGUGUUUAGGUUAUAAGAAAAUUAAGGUCUCAAAUUCAAAUACCAAAAGGUUAUGCUUUAACAAUUGGUGGUUCUGAGUAAAAAAACUUCCUUGUACUAUUCUUCUACCUCUCCUGUACCCCUGAAAUUUGUCAAAAUAAGUAGUUACUGGAAAAAGAAAAAAGUCACGCUCCAGUUAUCAGAAGAAAACAUGAGCUGCUAGGAAAAGCUUAAAGGACAUCUUCAGCAUUGAUAAUUUGACAAUGGAGUCAAAAGUAUGAUACUCUAGAAUUUUAAUGAGAUCUUUAAGCCUGAUUAAGUUCUGUUGCUUUGAGUGUACUAUGAGCAAAAAGAAAGCUAUGAAGUGAAGCAUAUAUCAGAAUAAAAACAAAUUCUUCACACAGUU